UGUGCUUAAUGCUUGUGCAAAAUUUCAUUCAAUUCAGAUCAACUCUCAAAAGAGAGGGAAUUGAUAAGUAAUUUAAGUAAUUUGUAAGGGAUUGUGCCUAGUUUAUUUCAAAUUGUGAUAUUUACCUAUUUAAUAUCCUACUAGCUAACAUAGUUUAGUAUUUGUAAGUAAAUCAACCAGUUACCUGAAGUAGAUAUACUCGUUGAAGUUCGUCUAUGACGGAUCGAUUUGGCGUACAUUGUUAAAAGUUGCAGGUUAUAUUCUUUUUAUAUUGUUUUUUUGCUAGUGUUUCAAAGUAGUAAUACAAAAAUGGAAAGUAUGGAUGUCGCCCAGGAAAGUACUUCUUCUGCAUCUACGCCAGCAACAGAAAAUGGACCUGAUAAAAAUGUUACUGCUGAAGAGAUGACCUCGCGUGAUUAUUAUUUUGAUUCAUACGCACAUUUCGGUAUACACGAGGAAAUGUUAAAAGAUGAAGUCCGUACACUUACAUAUAGAAAUGCUAUGUAUCACAAUAAGCAUCUCUUCAAAGGAAAAACUGUGUUAGACAUAGGCUGCGGUACCGGAAUACUAUCCAUGUUUGCGGCUAAAGCAGGGGCAGCUAAAGUUAUAGCAGUGGAGUGCUCUAACAUAGUUGACUAUGCUCGUAAGAUUGUUGAGGCUAACAGACUUGAUGAUGUUAUAGAAAUUGUGAAAGGAAAAGUUGAAGAAGUGGAGCUUCCUGUAGAGAAGGUGGAUAUCAUUAUAUCAGAGUGGAUGGGUUACUGUUUGUUCUAUGAGAGCAUGUUGGACACAGUUUUGUACGCUCGGGAUAAGUGGCUUCAGCCUGAUGGCAUGCUGUUUCCUGAUAGGUGCACACUGUUCAUCUGUGGGAUUGAAGAUCGUCAGUACAAAGACGAGAAGAUCAACUGGUGGGACGAUGUGUACGGUUUUGACAUGUCCUCUAUCAGGAAGGUGGCUAUAUCGGAGCCGCUCGUUGAUGUUGUUGAUGCAAAACAGGUUGUCACAAAUUCCUGCUUACUGAAAGAAAUAGAUCUGUACACAGUCAAGAAAGAAGAUCUCAACUUUGAAUCAAAGUUCCAUCUUCAGGUGCGUCGCAAUGACUUCAUUCAGGCGUUGGUGACAUUCUUCAACGUGGAGUUCACUAAGUCACACAAGCGACUGGGAUUCAGUACAGCCCCCGAGGCGCCCUACACACACUGGAAGCAGACCGUUUUCUACUUUGAUGAAUAUAUGACAGUUAAGAAGGGUGAGGAGAUAACGGGUUCGUUCUGUAUGCGUCAGAACGCCCGCAACAACCGCGACCUGGACUUUGAGGUGGAGCUGUCGUUUAAAGGCGAGCUGUGCCAGGUGCAGGAGAGAAACCACUACCGCAUGCGCUGAGACCUCAACCAACACCUGCGCUGCGAUGAACCCUCAAACGGUGGACAAUCAAUAAUUACAGUGCUAUCAAAACAUCUGUGUAAUAAAAUAUCCAAUGACUUUGUGAUUUAGACAAACGUUUUGGAAUCUGAGCCCCAGAUAACAGUUCUCGGUAAUCCACUAUUAUUCAGCAAUGUACGUUUAAUUGCAACUAUUUCAAAUUUAACAUUAGUCUUAAGUAUCCGGGUGUAUUUCCUGUCACUGUGAUGUGAAAGACAUUUGAUAAUUGAGUCACAGUUGUUAUUGUACCUCAAUGAGUUGGACUCGAUUACAUAGUUGUGUAAGUAAAGCCAAAACGCAGUAGCGACGAUCGCCUUCAAGUUAAUGUACUGAAGCAAAAUGUUGUUUUGCACCAAUUUUUUUUAAUGUAAGACAAAAAAGUUUUUUUUUUUUGUAUCUUAAUCUGUAAGUGAAACUAUUUCUACAGUUUUGUCGCUGUUUUUAUUUUAUUAAAUUGAAAAUUAUGGUGGACGAUUAUGACAGUAUUUUUAUGUUUUGUGAUUAAAAAGAAUAAUGUGCUUAAAAAUUUCACAUUGAAACCUUCUUGUAUGUAACGAAUAAUAUAGUCUGUGUAACAUAUAGGAUAUACUGUGGUCUCUGACAGUUGUGCUGUCAUUUUAAACCUGUGCUUAACGUAUUUUAUUUUUGAAUGACUGUAUAUGUAAAAGGCAUUUGCCUGUAUGAUAUCCACAUGAGACGUAUAUUGUGAAUUCAGUUAUUUGUAAGACUUGUGUAUUUUAUUAAAAAAUAAAAAUUGCGAUGAAAACUGUGAA